CUUUUAUCUCAUAAAUUUUUUUUUUCUUUUCUUGUAGUACUAUGGCCUUGGGGAACAUUUCAAUGUUGAGCUUCUGGAACCAGGAGGUGCUUUGGGUUUCAUCCAUGAGCCGUUUAUGGACCCGGAGACCUUGAGAUGCGAGGAAGAAGGACGACAACCCUUCUCGACAUUAAUCCAACACUUGGAUGAGAAAAUGUCGUUCGUUCAGAUGCUUAGAGGCGUUGAAUCAUCGGCUUCUAUAGACCCCAACUUUCAGUUUCUGUUGAGAUUGCAACAGCAGCAGCAGCAGCAGAAUCAGAAGAAGCCAGAAACUUACUUCCGGAAUCAGGCACUGGAAUUGGAGAGCUGCAUCAGCAAUGAGAUUUCAGAAACGCAAUCGCCUAUUAAAUCCGAAGGCAAGGACCCGCCUCACCGACAAUCGUCUUCUUGUCCGGAAGUAGAAAUGGAAGUAGUGAGCUCCGCAUGCAAGGGACAAGCGAAUUCGCCGGAGAAAUGCAGAGAAGGGAAAUCGGGGUCGUCGUCUGGGUGGUGGAAUGAGCAAAACCGUAGGAGGACGAAAGGAAAACUACCCCAAUCGAACAAAGCAGGCCCAGCGGUUAGCAGCCAGGAGAGGAGGAAGCGUAAGCGAACGAGGGCGAGCAAGAACAAAGAGAUGGUGGAGUCCCAACGUAUGAAUCACAUUGCCGUCGAACGCAACCGUAGACGGCAGAUGAACGAUCAUCUCAACGCACUCCGUUCCCUGAUGCCGGCCUCCUUCAUUCAGAGGGACGACCAAGCAUCGAUCAUCGGGGGUGCCACUGACUUCGUAAAAGAAUUGGAGCAGGUUUUGCAGUCACUUGAGGCUCAGAAGAGACUGAAUAAUAAAUCGAAAGGCGAAGGCAACCGGGGCCAACACUCAAAAGAGUCCGUCAUACCAUUGGAUGGGUUCUUGGCGUCGCCGCAGUACACAACUUACUCGUUAACGUCGACCACCAUGCAUUCGAGUGUUGUUGGAUUCAGUGUGGACGAUGAUGUGAAGCGUGUUAAUGAAUACAUGGAGGAGGAGGAGGAUGGAGAAAAGUUAAAGGUGGAAAAGAAGCCGGAGGUGGGGGAUAUCGAAGUGAUAGUGAUACAGAAGAGGCAUGUGAACCUACUAAAGAUUAAGAUUGUGUCAGCAAGGAGGAAGGCAGGGCAGUUGGUGAGAGCCAUUGCUGCUUUGGAAGAUCUAAGGCUGAACAUCUUACAACUCAACAUUACUUCCUCUCAACACUCUGUUCUUUACUCCUUCAAUCUCAAGAUGGAAGAUGACUGCAAACUGGGAUCAGCCGACGACAUUGCGACAGCGGUGCAUCAAACUUUCAGCUUCAUCAACGCUCCUUAAUAUUUGCUUGUUAUCAUCGAAGUGAAAAAGAUCGCCAUCUCUGUCUUUGUGACUCUCCCCGUUAGCCGCCGGCCGGGAG